CUAUCCCAUCCCUGUAUCCCUCUAUCCCAUCCCUGUAUCCUGUGUCCCGCAGCCGAUCCCGAUGGAUCCAUCCCGUCCCCCCCCGGACUGCAUCCGGCGGCAGAGGCGCCGGGAGCUGGACGCGCGGCGCAGCAAGUGCCGGAUCCGCAUCGGGGGGCACCUGGAGCGCUGGUGCCGCCUCAAGGAGCAGCUUGGAUUCGCCCUCCAUUCCCAGCUCGCCCAGUUCCUGCUGGACAGGUACAGCUCCCACGGCUGCGUAUGGAGCUCGGGUGACCCGGAGCCAGGUGUGCUCCAUGCCGAGGCCCUUCAGCGCCUGGUGGUGCUGUCCCAUGGCCACAGUCAGGAGUGUGGCUUCAUCCCAGCGGUGAAGGCUCCGGCUCCAGGCACUGCAGCCCCAUUGGUGUGGGAGUGUGUGGCCGGACACAGCUUCUCCUGGAGCCGGGAGCCGGGGGGGGACCUGGGGGGCAGCAGCCGCCGGCGCUCGAUGAGGUGUGGGGGCAAUGGGGAGCCUGGAGCGGAGCCGGAUGCACUGGGAGCAGUGCCUGAGGCAGCAGCAGAGACUGGGAGCACAGGGAAGGAGCAUGGGAGGCAGCAGGAUGAGGAUGAGGAGGAUGACCUGACCUACACUGAUGACCUGCGGGAUGAGAACUAUCACCCAUCCCUGGACAGGGAGCCGGAGCCGCAGCGACGGCUGAGCCAGAGCAAAGCCCCCAAGGAGCCCAUCAAGGAGGAGCAGCCUCCAGAGCAGCUGAGCCUGAGCCCACCCGAGGGGAAGAGCAGGCGAGUGAGCUGCAAGAGGCGAGCACAGGGCAGUGAUGAGGACGUGGCUCAGAUCGGCCCCAAAAGGAUCCGGAAAGCUGCCAAGCGCGAGAUCCUCCUGUGUGACUUCGAGGGCUGCGGCAAGAUCUUCUCCAACCGGCAGUACCUGAACCACCACCAGAAGUACCAGCACGUGCACCAGAAAACCUUCACCUGCCCCGAACCUGCCUGUGGUAAAUCCUUCAACUUCAAGAAGCACCUCAAGGAGCAUGAGAAGCUGCACAGUGACAAGAGGGAUUACAUCUGUGAGUUCUGUGCCCGCUCCUUCCGCACCAGCAGCAACCUCAUCAUCCACCGGCGCAUCCAUACUGGGGAGAAGCCCCUGCAGUGUGAGGUGUGUGGCUUCACCUGCCGCCAGAAGGCCUCUCUCAACUGGCACAUGCGGAAGCACGGAGCGGCCGCCGGGUACCAGUUCUCCUGCGAGCUCUGUGGCAAGAGGUUCGAGAAGAGGGACAAUGUCACAGCCCACAAGAGCAAGAGCCACCCCCCCGGUGGGGCCGGGCACCGGGAGCACAUCCCGGCUCCCAUUGUGGAGCAUGGGGAUGGGAUCGGGAUGCAGGAUGCGGGAGCAGCCCAAGGCUGCAGCAUGGAGGGUGUUGGUGCUGCGGAUGCCUCCUGCUUGGACUGAGGGGGGUGAUGGAUGGGGGGAUGCUGGAGCCAAGGAGCAGGGAAGGAUCCGAGCUCCCCAGCCAAGCCCUGGGCUCACACCCAUGGAGCUUCCCCUGUGUGAGGGGCCAAAGGCACCGGCAGGAGCCUCAAUAAAGACUCAUUCUGUGGCCAAAGUGGUUUCCCCACUUGCAGCUCCCAUCUCAGUGCUGAGUUCCUAUGGAAAAGGGGGAAAAGGGAGAUUCCCGACACCGAAUCCUGAGGUUUUCCGUGUCCAGCACAAUAAAACCAU